GCGUUCCGUUAUUUUUAAAAAUGGGCCCAGCAAAUAAUAUAUUUUUAUUGGACUAAAAUAACUGUCGGCCAAAUUACGCGAGAAGGUUGAACUAACACUAGGCGAGAGCCGUGGGUUUAACACGGCUGUAUUGGAAUACUGUAGCGUUUCCCCACUCGCCUUAUUGUUAUCGCAAGAUAGUGCAAUCAAUGUCUCGCCGGAGAGAUUUGCGAUACGCAGCUAGUGUGGCACUCGGAAAAUCCUUCUAAAUCAAGCUUCCAAAUCACACCAAUAGGUGUGUGAAGUCAUUUAGAGCCAAUAAACCUAUCACAGGACUUCAAACUGUAAAUUGGCUAGAAUAUCACGUUUCAGGAGUUAACGGGUUUAAUAUCUACGAUUGCGAAUUGCACAAUAAACCCGCUCUCUUUGCUCGCUUGCGACAAAUUGUUUACAACACAAAACUGUAGACAAGGGAUUGCCACGGUUUUGGAAUAAUCCCCCGUACAUGGAGGACCUAUUCGAUAAACAAAUUGAUCCUCGUCUUCUGCAUCUACCCCAGUUAAGUGAGUUCUUUCAAUAUGUCACGGUUUCAAAGUUGUUAAACCCUGCUUUUAUCCAGAAGCUCAACUCGAUGUUUGUGACCAACGACGAUGGAUACGAGUACAAACUCGAGUUGGUGGUGGAAAACCAGCGGGGGUUGAAGAUAUUUGGUAUUCCCAUGUUCAGCAGCAAUAGUUUGAUCCCUAUGUUGGAUCCUUCGAGUUUCCAGCUUUUAAACGGCCAGAACUUGAAGGUUAUUGACAACAAUCUUAACAACUUGCCUCUCCCGGACUUGAACUGGCAAUGGCACUGGGAGUGUUGGUACGUGUUGAUGCUUAACGAUGUUGACGACCAGGGCUGGAUCUACUCGAAAAUCAACUUCAACAGCCAUCAUUGGAAAGGCAAGUACUAUUUUGGUAACUUUAUUAGAAGACGUGUAUGGAUCCGCUUACGGCAUCGUAGUCUCCUGGAAAUGAGCUCCUGACCUCCAAUUUGCAUUUAUAUUAGUUGUACCUUAGCAUUAGCAUUAGUCCACUCGUCUAGCGAAAUGUAUAAAUCUCGCGGUAUUUGCAACCAAA